UCCCGGAGCUCGCCCGGCUCCCGCCGGCGGCUGCGCUCCAGUGACCCCCCCGCGCAGCCAGGACGGCAGCUCCAGCCCUCUGGCCGCUGUGGCUACUCCUCCCUCGGCCGCCGCCUCCUGACCUCCCGCCCCGGGACCCCACCAGUGGAUGCCAUUACUCCAGCCUCUGCAGCACCUGGCGGCAGCCCUAUCGGAGGCACCUGGCCGACUGGACCCUGCCCUCCGGCGUUGGGGGGCAGCAGCGUUUCCCGCUGGCCUGGAGGAGGAAGAGGACCUGAAGCCCGCCCCGCCUUCCCGGGGCAAGGACCAGGGGGCGCCGGCACCAGCCAUGGGGGGUGGUGAAGCGAGAAGUUUGCUCUGGAAAUUUGGCCUGUUCUUCCCUUUGCUGACGGCGUGCCCGGCGGGCUGCAGCCAAGUCUCCAGCAACCAAGUGGUGUUGCUUGAUACUACAGCUGCACUUGGAGAGCUAGGAUGGAAAACCUAUCCUUUAAAUGGGUGGGAUGCCAUAACUGAAAUGGAUGAACACAAUCGUCCCAUUCACACCUACCAGGUAUGUAAUGUAAUGGAACCAAACCAAAACAACUGGCUUCGUACAAAUUGGAUCUCCCGUGAUGCAGCCCAGAAAAUUUAUGUGGAAAUGAAGUUUACCCUGAGGGACUGCAACAGCAUUCCAUGGGUACUGGGAACUUGCAAAGAAACUUUUAACCUUUACUACAUGGAGUCAGAUGAGUCCCAUGGAGUUAAAUUCAAGCCAAGCCAAUACACUAAAAUUGAUACUGUUGCAGCUGAUGAGAGUUUUACCCAGAUGGACUUGGGUGACCGCAUUCUUAAACUCAACACAGAAGUUCGUGAGGUUGGGCCAGUAAACAGGAAAGGAUUCUAUCUUGCUUUCCAGGACAUUGGAGCCUGCAUUGCUCUGGUCUCUGCCCGCGUUUACUACAAAAAGUGCCCUUUCACAGUUCGUAACUUGGCUAUGUUUCCUGAUACUAUUCCAAGGGUUGAUUCUUCCUCUUUGGUGGAAGUACGGGGUUCCUGUGUGAAGAGCGCUGAGGAGCGGGAUACUCCAAAACUGUAUUGUGGAGCAGAUGGGGAUUGGCUUGUGCCUCUUGGGCGAUGCAUCUGCAGUGUAGGAUAUGAGGAAGUGGAUGGUUCCUGCCAUGCUUGCAGGCCAGGAUUCUAUAAAGCAUUUGCUGGGAAUAUAAAGUGUUCCAAGUGCCCUCCACACAGUUUAACCUAUGUAGAAGCAACUUUUGUCUGUCAGUGUGAAAAAGGUUACUUCAGAGCUGAGAAAGAUCCACCAACUAUGGCAUGUACCAGGCCACCUUCUGCUCCACGGAAUGUGAUUUUUAAUAUUAAUGAAACAGCUCUUAUGUUGGAAUGGAGCCCACCUAGUGACACGGGCGGGAGAAAAGAUCUAACCUACAGUGUCAUCUGUAAGAAAUGUGGAUCAGACACCAGCCAAUGUGAGAUAUGCGGUGGAGGUAUCCGUUUCAUCCCAAGACAUACAGGCCUGAUUAACUCAUCUGUGACUGUACUUGAUUUUGUGUCUCAUGUGAACUACACUUUGAAAUAGAAGCCAGAAUGGAGUCUCUGAGCUGAGUUUCUCCCCAAGCCAUUCACAGCUAUCACAGUUACCACAGAUCAAGAUGCGCCCUCCUUGAUAGGUAUGGUAAGGAAGGACUGGGCUUCCCAAAACAGCAUUGCCCUCUCCUGGCAAGAGCCUGACUUUCCCAAUGGAGCCAUUCUGGACUACGAGAUCAAGUACUAUGAGAAAGCCUACCCACGGAUAGCGCCGGCAUUUUGGCACUACCUGCGGGUAGAAGAGCAUGAGCAGCUCAGCUAUUCCUCCACAAGGUCCAAGGCUCCAAGUGUUAUCAUCACAGGUCUCAAGCCAGCCACCAAAUAUAUAUUUCAUAUCAGAGUCAGGACUGCAGCAGGAUACAGCGGCUAUAGCCAGAAGUUCGAAUUUGAAACUGGAGAUGAAACUUCUGAUAUAGCUGCGGAGCAGGGGCAGAUUCUUGUAAUUGCCACUGCUGCGGUUGGUGGAUUCACUCUCCUGGUUAUCCUCACACUGUUCUUCCUAAUCACUGGGAGAUGCCAGUGGUACAUAAAGGCCAAAAUGAAGUCUGAAGAAAAAAGAAGGGCUCAUUUGCAAAAUGGACAUUUGCGCUUCCCAGGAAUAAAAACGUAUAUUGAUCCAGACACAUAUGAAGACCCAUCUCUUGCUGUCCAUGAGUUUGCAAAGGAGAUAGAUCCUUCAAGAAUUCGUAUUGAGAGAGUUAUAGGGGCAGGUGAAUUUGGAGAGGUAUGCAGUGGACGUCUGAAGACACCAGGAAAAAGGGAGAUUCCUGUUGCCAUUAAAACUUUGAAAGGUGGCUAUGUGGACAGGCAGAGAAGAGAUUUCCUGAGAGAGGCUAGUAUCAUGGGACAAUUUGACCACCCAAAUAUUAUUCGCCUCGAAGGAGUUGUUACAAAAAGAUCCUUCCCAACCAUUGGGGUGAAGUCUCUUUCGAGAUUCCUGAGGGCGGGCUUUUUAAGUAGCAUCCCGGCCCCACAUCCAGUCUCACGGGGCAGAUCCUUGCCCCCCGGCAUUUCCUCUGGCAGACCAGUAAUGAUUGUGGUUGAAUAUAUGGAGAAUGGAUCCCUUGACUCCUUUCUGCGGAAGCAUGAUGGACACUUCACAGUCAUCCAGCUGGUUGGCAUGCUUCGUGGAAUUGCAUCUGGCAUGAAGUAUCUCUCAGAUAUGGGCUAUGUACAUCGUGAUCUGGCAGCCCGUAAUAUUUUAGUCAACAGUAACCUCAUGUGUAAAGUCUCUGAUUUUGGUCUGUCACGAGUGUUAGAGGAUGACCCUGAAGCUGCUUACACAACAAGUGGUGGAAAAAUCCCCAUAAGAUGGACUGCCCCUGAAGCUAUAGCCUACAGGAAGUUCUCUUCAGCAAGUGAUGCAUGGAGCUAUGGGAUUGUCAUGUGGGAAGUGAUGUCCUAUGGAGAAAGACCAUAUUGGGAGAUGUCUAAUCAGGAUGUUAUACUGUCUAUAGAAGAAGGUUACAGGCUUCCAGCUCCCAUGGGCUGCCCAGCUUCUCUCCACCAACUUAUGCUUCACUGCUGGCAAAAAGAGAGAAACCACCGGCCGAAGUUUACUGACAUUGUCAGCUUCCUAGACAAAUUGAUCCGCAACCCCAGCUCCCUUCAUACCCUAGUGGAGGAUGUACUUGUAAUGCCAGAUUCACCUGGUGAAGUUCCCGAAUAUCCUUUGUUUGUUUCAGUCAUUGAUUGGCUAGAUUCAAUAAAAAUGGGUCAGUAUAAAAAUAACUUCAUGGCAGCGGGUUUCACAACUUUGGAUGUGGUUUCAAGAAUGAGCAUUGAUGACAUUAGGAGAAUUGGAGUUGUACUCAUUGGACACCAGAGACGAAUAGUGAGCAGUUUACAGACUUUGCGAUUACACAUGAUGCACAUACAGGAGAAAGGAUUUCAUGUAUGAAAGUACUAGAAGCAACUUUGUUUUGUGCCUCAGCAUUUCUAAAAUGGAAGAUAUUCUCAUUCCUCCCUUAUGUUCCUCCCAACUUCAAGAACUGCAGUCUCCUAUCCAGACUAUAAAUACACACUUUUACGUUAAUGCUUCCAAUGUGGAAUUUUUAAUCACACGGCAUAGUUCCUCCGUCAGUUACCUGCCAAUAAAAUCCUGGCGCACUGCAAGACUGUUGCUACACACUGGUGAAUAACUCAGCAUGGAUGUGUAACUUUGUAUAACAGUAUUUGGAACACUUUCAUGGACUUCUUUGAAAGUGAUAGCCUAUUUGGCCUGGUGUGGCUUCCUUAUUGAUGUAUUUAGAGUUUGAUGGUAGAUCAAAAAGUAAUUGACUUUUUUCAUGUUUUGUGAUCAUGUAGCUUCCAAUAUCAAAUGUGCAAUCAGAAAAAAAAAGUUUGACAUAAAUAUUUAUUUUAUCUCUUAACUAAAUCCAAAUGUAUGGGUCAGAUUGUUACCUUAACUUUGUAAUAGUUUAAAUGCUGGUAAGCUGGUGCCUGAAAAUGUUAGAAUUCUUUGCAGAAAUGACCAGUGAUUUCAUGUAGUGAAUUCUUGUUAUGUGUGACUAACUGGGGUGCGGAUUAGAAAGAACUGAACUUUAAAUCUUCCUGAGGCCCUGGGUUUAAAUUUAUUUGUAUAAGCAUCUGACAUUAUUUUAUCCUUUAUAGAGUUGGUUUCAAAAUUGGUUCAUUAUUAGAAUUUUGCACCAUUUUUCAUCCUUUUUUAUAUUAAAUAGCUGCCUCUACCACAUGGUGAGUAACCCUUGGAAAGGCUGUUGUAACAAUUCUUAAGUCACACAGAAUAUUCAGUUGUCAGCUAUACUGCACACUGCAGUCACGUAGACUUCACAGAGCUUUCUGCUUCAAAACCACAGGCCUCUACUACUGCAGCUAAUGGAGAAUUUCCAUUAGUUUAGUAGUUUUAGGACUUAUAUAACUUCUGUGGGCCAGCCAUUAGGGGGAUGAUGAGAUCCUCAUACUUGAGCAGAUCUGCCAUACCAUCCACGAGAGAUCAGUGGAACACAAACAAACUAAUCAAUACUGUAUGUUACGCAAUGUAAGAGUGCGGCAUUAGUUACUACAUUAUAUGUAGGCAGAGAGAGAGGCCUAGGACAGCAGUGUAAUAAUAUGUUGCCUUGAGUCUACUUUUAUACGUUUGCUGUUAGAAGUAAAAAGCAGACAAUGAUGAAAUGGAUUUCUAGUUAUUAACGAGCUGGUCUUCAUUUAGUACAAAUGUCUAACUGACGUCUAAGAUAAUUCUCUUUAAAACUAGAACUGUUUAAUAGCCAUAUUUACAUGCAAGAAAAUGGAUGCAAAGGCCAAGCACAAUAUUUGUACCUCUAUAAGACUUAAAGCUUUCAUGCUCUAUUCAGAUGACGUACAUAAAUAUAAUGGGCUACAUUUUCAAAACUUGCAUGAGAUAUGCGCUACUGUGAACCAUGAAAUGAGCGCAUGUCUGCAUGCUCUGAAAGCCACACACAUUUUUACAUGCAUGUCACAGUAAACUGGAUGUAGAUGUUUGUGUUAAUUUAUAUAUCAUUUUUAAAGUUAUGUGGAGCAAGAAUAUACUUGAGCAUUAUUAAUUUUCAGUUAAAAAGCGCAUUUGGGGCGAUGAGUAAAAUGUAUAUGUAUUACAAAUUGAAUUAACCAGACUAAGUAAUCAUAAUGAUAUUUAUUGCUUAAUUUGCAGCUUAAAAAGCAUACUUCUUGACACUGGGAAAAAGCUGCUGUUCUAUAUGGAAGGCAGAGAAGGAAGAGCAGGAGAAGAUUCAAAAAGGUUUAUCCUUCUAACCAGUUUCACAGAGUAAGACACACUGUGUCUGAUUCACUGCUGUUACUCCACUUUUAUGCCGAUGACUCCACUGAUUUCAACAGAGUAAUAGUGGUGAAUCAAGUGCAUUUUUUUUAGUUUUGUUUUUCUAAAGCUCUAAUAGAGGAAUAGAUUUUCUAAAGAUAUAGAUUCACUAGUAUCUUUGAAUGCUAAUUUGCUGAGUAUGUUUCAAGAACUUAGACCCCAGUCCCACAAACACAUACAAGAGUAAAUUUGUGCACAUGAGAAGUUCAGAAUCAAGGGCCCUUAAUAGAACAAACUAGCUUUAGUUCUUCUCUGUGAGGCGCGCUCUUGUAAAUUUCUGCCCAAAUUCCAUAUUUUAUUUUUCGUUAAGUAGGGUUCUCUUAUGGAACAAAAAGCCUCCAUUUUUUCCAUGUUGUAAGACUUUUUUUUUAAAAUAAGAACUUCAGAUUCAAAUCUAAAAGUUGAUUUUCGUUUACUAUUUUGCUUUCCCUUUUGCCUGUCAUUGCUUCCAUCUCCAUCAAGGUGCCAUUUGGGGAAGAGAUCUUUGCAAGCAGCUUUUUAAAUAUGUAAUGAGUAAUGGGAGUCCAGUACUUGCUAAGAGGUACUCAAAAUUAAUCCAAACCAUAUGGGUGCAUUCUUGCGCUCAUACGUAUGUUUGUUCAUUUUUGGAAGUGUGGAUGCAAAGCUGCAUGUUACAUAUACAUUAACCUGGAUAUGUCUCAUGGAAAUUAAUUUCCAGAUUUAUCACACUUUUGAAAAUAUAUUUUCAAUAGAACAAAUAUAAUAACAAUAUUGAAACAUUUAUUAAUUAAAUAUAUUUUUAUAAAAACAAGAGUUUAAGUAACCAGGGAAGGAGUGACAGAGGAUUCUUUUGGUGAUGACAUUUAUUUAAGAAAAACAACAACCUAAAAAUCAUCUCCUAGAGUUUGUGGGUUUCUAUGGAUGGUUUUUGUUGUUGUGCUGCAUAAUUCUUUCUUAACAAUGAUCUUGAUCAAACUUACAUUUCCCCAGCUUUAGAAACUGCAUUUUUACUCUUGCCCACUCCACUGUUUCAACAUACAAAAGAAAUGCAAUGAGGUUUGGGGGUUUUUAAUAUGCUGGUAUUGUCUUUUCAAAUGUGGACAUUUCUGCGCAGGCUACAAAUGUAUGCACAACAUUACCAGCAGCUUCCACUAAAAUGGAUGACUGUUUCGCCAGAUGAAAAUUAGCUGCUCUUAGAGUACGCAGUUAGCAUUGAAACUGAUUUACUAGGCUAUUCUUAAAAAUCUAGCUCUCCAUGCACACCAUUCAGUAACUAAAACUGUUGAAAAUGCACAGAAUAAAGGGAGUGUGAGAGAGACAAAUGCAAAAAUGUAUAUUAAAAUGUGGGCAUAGGAAAAUUUACUGAUAUAGUAAUUUACAGGUGAAGUCUCCAUAUACAUUCUUCUCUAGGAUUUUAUUGUUGUUCAUUUAGAAUGAAAUAAAUCCAUCUGCUAUUGGCCUACACGGGUUCUUUGCACCAUUUGAGCCUUCAAAAUAGGGCUCAAGUGAUGCUUAGGUAGUGAACAGUUCUUGAGCUGGCCCUCUGCAAAAGGAUGAAUUUCAUCCCUAGUCCAUAGUACUGACGAUAGUUUACUUGAAAUGAGAUAACUACAGAAACCCAGGUCUGUAAUAUAUUCUGUCCCUGAGAUAUUUGCACACAACUGGUAGCAUUCGAGUCAUUGAGAAGACGAGGAUUUCUCAUGAGUUAAAAGGAAGGGAAUUUAGGGGAAGUGGGUUUAAAUCUGCCCUAAUGAACAAGUUGCCUCUGUUAUGUUUUCCUUCACCAUAACUUAUACAUGAUCAGUUGCAGCUCAUAUGUAGGCUUCAGUCACAAGUAUUAUGUUUAUUCUUGGCCAUCAGCCGGGACUUUAUGACAAAAUAUGUACAUUUUUAACAUUAAAUGAUCCUUUAAUUGAAAAUAGUAGAUUCAAACAAAAAUUCAAAAUGCAUACAUUAUGAUCAUAUUUGUUACUUUGGCCUACCCACUCUUCAAGUUUGUCCUAAACUUUGGUAGAUAUCUGUUGGACUGAUCAUCACUUACACAGGAAUAUUUCAAUAUACUGAAGUAUUUUGAUGAUCUUUAACUUAGAAUAUCUGUUUUCUGUUUCUUUAAAUAUAAUGGACAUGUUCGUUAGCUGCACCAAGCUUAUUGUCAGUGCAGCAGGAAAGGGCCCCAAAUGUGGUUCUAAUGUAACUUUUAGAUUUCUCCACCCUGGGGCUAGCUGAGGGUGUAACUGGCCCCCAGCACAAGUUAGAGCAGGUACAAGUAACUUCCAUGGCUUGGAAUGGUCCCAUAGGAGCCAUUCUGGCAUUUGGGGGUUGCUGUAGCAUAGCACAUUCUGGCCAAAUGCCCUCAUGACUCUAACUCACCUUGGAAUACCCUCUGCACAGAGUGGGGGAAAACAGGUAGCAAUUGAGCUGGCUACACCUGCUUUAUGCUAUCAGGGGAUUGUCUGCUGACAGAGAAAUCUCCAGAUCCCCUUUUAGGGCAGUUUUAAGUCCCAUUUAAGUCUCCUAUAACAGAAACAAAACACUUGCCCAAAAGACAUAUUCCAUGCAUUUGGAAUCCACAAAUCUCUUCCUCCUUCACAUAUAAUCCUUAGAAGAUAGUAGUACAUACUGUUCAGACAAGAAUAGUGUGGUGGAAUAUAGGUCCUCAGAUUACAGACUAGGUUACACAGAGCACAGAAUGGCUAUAAAAGUGUGUGUGAGAGUGAGUAUUAUAAUUGAGAUUUUCAAAAGUGGACUACUGAAUUUAAUUAUACAACUGUUGUUAAAACUAAUGGGAAUUGUGUGGCUAAAUCCCCCAGUCAGCUUUGAAAAUUUCAGUCAGUGUGUAUCAUGUGUGUAUAGUUCCUGGCUUCUUAUCUGAAAAUGUACAUCCCAAAAUAAAUAUAUUAAGAAGUGCAGAAGAGUGGGUCUCAAACUGUGGUCUAUGGAGAGCUGGCUGGUCACAUGAUACUGGCCCUCCUCCUAAUUCCAGUCACUAAAUCACAUUAAACACAUUGAACACUGUCCUAGUGGUACUUUUCUAUGUGAAUAAUUAUUGUAGUUGCUGUAGGGAUUUGAAGUGAUCAUGAAUGGUAGGGGAGGUGUUCUUGAGCCAAUCUCUCGAUUAAGAUGUGGUCCGUAUUGUAAAAUAAACGUUAAGAUCUCUCUCCAAGCUGCUUAUACAGGAUAAAUUAUUCUCUUUUAAAUGUCAUCUUAUAGGAUCUCAUCCUCCCAUCCCCAGAUAAUUUAAGGGAAAGUCUCAAGGCAAUGGGACUUGACAGAUUUUUUAAACAAGAUAUAUUCAAGUUUAGAAAAGACAAUAGACAGAAGCUUAUUAUGGAGAUACAUUUGGUUUAAAAUAAAUAGUAAGCACUAUGAGAUUAUAAAUCAUAUUUUCUUAUUUUAUUAUGUUAAAUAAUGACACCAGUUCACAUAAGAGUAUCUCUUUGUGUUUCGUUAAGAUGUUCUGUAACAAUAUCUUUCAGUUUUCCCUUAUUGCAAGGAAUUUCUCAACUGUUCCUCUGUUCUACAAAGACCUCUUCUAUUAUCCCUAUAUAAUUAAAUGAGAAGCUAAGGAUAUGGAAAACUUUAUAUUAAAGCAUCAGAGGGGUAGCCGUGUUACUCUGGAUCUGUAAAAGCGGCAAAAAGUCCUGUGGCACCUUAUAGACUAAC